AUGAACUCCACCUUGGAUGGUGAUCAGAGCAGCCAUCCUUUCUGUCUCCUGGCACUGGGCUACUCAGAAACUGUCAGUUUUUGUCUUUUGGAAGCACUGAUUGUUGUCUUUCUAACCACAUUGAUUAUUUCUGGCAACAUCAUUGUGAUUUUUGUGUUUUACUGUGCACCUCUGUUGAACCAUCACACUACAAGUUAUUUCAUCCAGACAAUGGCAUAUGCUGACCUCUUGGUUGGGGUAAGCUGCCUGGUCCCUUCCUUGUCGCUACUCCACUACCCCCUUCCUAUGGAGGAGGCCAUGACUUGCCAAGUAUUUGGCUUUGUAAUAUCAGUUCUGAAGAGUGUUUCCAUGACUUCUCUGGCCUGUAUCAGCAUUGAUAGAUAUAUUGCCAUCACUAAGCCUUUAACCUAUAAUACGCUGGUUACUCCCUGGAGACUACGCCUGUGUAUUUUUCUGAUUUGGCUGUAUUCCAGCUUGGUCUUCCUGCCUGCAUUCUUCCACUGGGGCAAACCUGGAUAUCAUGGAGAUGUAUUUCAGUGGUGUGCAGCGUCCUGGCACACCAACUUCUACUUCACAUUGUUCAUCGUGGUGAUGCUGUACGCCCCAGCUGCCCUCAUUGUCUGCUUCACAUAUGUCAGCAUCUUCCGCAUCUGCCAACAGCACACAAAAGAAAUCAGCGAAAGGCAAGCCCGAUUCAGCAGCCGGAAUGAGGAGACUGGGGAAGCCCAGACUUGUCCUGAUAAGCGCUAUGCCAUGGUCCUCUUGAGAAUUACAAGUGUGUUUUAUGUCCUCUGGUUGCCAUACAUCCUCUACUUUCUGCUGGAGAGCUCCACUGGCUGCAGCAGCCACCUUGCAUCCUUCCUGACUACCUGGCUUGCUAUUAGUAAUAGUUUCUGUAACUGUAUCAUUUACAGUCUCUCCAACAGUGUUUUCCAAAGAGGAUUAAAGGGUCUCUCAAGGACUGUGUGUACUUCUUGUACAAGUCACACUACAGCCAAGGACCCUUACACAGUUAGAUGGAAAGGACCCCUUAAUGGAUGCCAUAUCUGA